AGCAACUUUUCUUUACAAAACGUGAAAUAGAAUCAUAUACACUCCAUUUCUAUUUGACUAAGUGGGGUGGUCAAUCAUGAAAGGGGUCAUCUUCACUUGGGCUGUGUUUCUGCUCUUGUCUAGUCAUGUUCUACCUAGCCAAGCCAUGAUGCAUCGCUAUACAUUUAUAAUAAAAGAAGCUCCAUAUACACGACUUUGCAGCACUAAGAACAUUUUAACAGUAAAUGGCCUAUUUCCAGGACCAACUGUUCACAUCCGUGAAGGGGAUACCACCGUCAUCCGCGUCCAUAACAAAGGGACCCAAAACAUCACCAUUCAUUGGCAUGGAGUGAAACAGCCGAUGUAUCCAUGGUCAGAUGGUCCCGCGUACAUAACUCAGUGCCCCAUCAUGCCUGGAAAAUCCUUUAGCCAAAAGAUUAGGCUUUCCGAUGAGAUUGGAACUUUGUGGUGGCAUGCUCAUAGUGACUGGUCUCGAGCAACAGUUCAUGGUGCGAUCCGUGUUUACCCCAAGAGAGGCGAUACAUAUCCAUUUCCUAGGCCUUAUGCAGAAGUGCCCAUCACCUUUGGAGAAUGGUGGAAGAGUGAUGUACAAGCGGUUCUUUCCGAAUUCCGAAGUAGUGGAGGAGUCCCAAACAAUUCUGAUGCUUUCUUGAUAAAUGGUCAGCCUGGUGAUCGGUAUCCAUGCUCAAAACCAGACACAUUUAGGCUGGCAGUGGAAUAUGGCAAAACUUACAUGCUCCGAAUGGUCAAUGCCGCCAUGAACAGCAUCCUAUUCUUUUCCAUAGCAAAUCAUACAAUCACUGUUGUCGGAUCAGAUGGCAGCUACACGAAGCCACUGAAAACAGACUACGUUGCUAUAUCCCCCGGCCAAACCAUUGACUGCUUGCUAGAAGCCGAUCAAAAACCUGAUCACUAUUACAUGGCCGCUAAGGCUUAUAACAGUGCCGCUCAGGUUGGAACCGACAACACGACCACCACAGCUAUCAUAGAAUACAUAGGAAAUUAUACUCCGUCUUCGCCACCAGUCUUCCCAAACCUUCCAGUGUCUAAUGAUAUAAAAGCAUCAACUAAUUUCACGUGGAGCCUAAGAAGCUUAGCAAGAAAAGUUGAUGUUCCAACACACGUGGACACUAAGCUUUACUUUACACUAUCUGUGAAUUUACGCCCUUGUGAGGCAAACAACACUUGUGCUGGACCUCAAGGGCAGCGAUUUGCAACGAGCAUAAACAACAUAAGUUUUGUGCAACCUCAGAUUGAUAUACUCCAAGCUUACUAUUAUAGCCUAAGAGGAGUCUUUAGAAAAAAUUUUCCCAGAUUUCCACCUUUCGUAUUCAAUUUCACCGCAGAUAGUCUUCCGGCGACGUUGCAAGAUCCAACUCGGGAUACUAGAGUUAGAGUUCUUGAAUAUAAUAAGAGUGUGGAGCUUGUGUUCCAGGGAACAAAUUUGGUUGCUGGAAUAGAUCAUCCCAUGCAUUUACAUGGACAUAGUUUCUAUGUAGUUGGUGCAGGUAUUGGAAACUAUGACAAGGAAAAAGACCCUUUAAAGUAUAAUCUUGUCGACCCUCCUCUGAUGAACACAAUUGCUGUUCCUAAAAAUGGUUGGACCGCCAUUAGAUUCAAGGCAAAUAACCCUGGAGUCUGGCUGUUGCACUGCCACCUUGAGCGUCAUCUAACCUGGGGAAUGGAUAUGGCCUUCCUUACCAAAAAUGGCAAGCUUCCAGGACAACAAUUGCUUCCUCCACCUCCAGACGUGCCACCAUGUUAAUACUCUUGGGCCAAUUGCAAGAUUAAUGAUAUACUCCCUUUGAUGCAAUGUACUUCAUUUAUUUGCUAGCAACCAAGAGUAAAAACCUUGCAUUGUUACGCUUUCUUUCUUGGCUAAUAUGAAUAUUGUAGCGUUGAAGUUAUUGGUCAACACAAAAUAAGUUGAGAAACAUUGACAUGUGAUAUUUUCUUUUCUUGCUCUUAUACUUUCUUUUUUGGAAAUGAUAUUAUUGUAUAUGAAAGCAA